UCCUCCGGUGGAGGCAGCGCGAGUGCAGAGAGGUUUGCUUUUCCAGAGGUGCUGGGAGCCCGGUGCCUCGUGGCCCCUAACCCCAGCCCUGGGCACAGUCUGAGCGCGAGAGUCAGGCAGUCUGGGGCCGCCCGUCUCGGCUUGAGAGUAGGUGACUCAGAAAAGUUGAUCACUUUUGAGGGGGCCAGAGUAGGUGGGGGUGGGCUCCCCUCCAGCCCGGCAGGAGCCCUGGCCUGUCAGCAGUCUCCCUCCCAGCCCGGGAGGCACACACGUUCACCCCACUUUCUUCCUCUUCCUCCUCCGGCCCACUUUCUCUUCUCUGUGUCGUCAGAGCUCCAGGGAGGGACCUGGGUAGACUGAGAAGCCGGAAACAGCGGGCUGGGGCAGCUACUGCUUGCACCGAAGAGGAAGGCCGGGCGAGGACAGAGAGAGGGGGAGAGAGAGAGAGAGAGAGAGAGAGAGUUUUGUUCUCUCUCUGGUGGUGGUGGAGGAGGAGGGGGUGCCUGCCGGGCAGCCCUGAACUCGUGGACAGAGCUCCAGCCCCAUGGGGCCUGACAGUGCCUGCUGAGCGGGAGAAGACAGCGGAGGGGUUGCCAAGGCACCCUCCAAACCCCACAUCAUGUCUCUGUGGGGUCUGGUCUCCAAGAUGCCCCCAGAGAAACUGCAGCGACUCUACGUCGACUUCCCCCCACACUUGCGGCAUCUCCUGGGAGACUGGCUGGAGACCCAGCCCUGGGAGUUCCUGGUCGGCUCGGAUGCCUUCUGCCUCUCCAUGGCUAGCGCUCUCUUUUCAGCCACGGUCAAGCGCCUCCAGACCUCAGCGGGAGAGCAAGGCGAGGGGAGCACCAUCUUGCAACCCAUCAGCACCCUGGAGAGCGUAUAUCAGAGGGACCCCCUGAAGCUGGUGGCCAUUUUCAGACAAAUCCUUCAAGGGGAGAAAAAAGCUGUUAUGGAACAGUUCCACCACCUGCCAAUGCCCUUCCACUGGAAGCAGGAAGAGCUCAAGUUCAGCACAGCCUUGCAGAGGCUGCGGCACCGAGUGGAGGAGGCUCACCGUCUCCGGGAUGCCCUGCAGCAGGGGCCUGAGGCCGGCCAAGUGUCUCUGCACAGCUUGCUGGAAACUCCUGCCAAUGGGAUGGGCACAAAUGAGGCGCUGGCCACGCUGCUGCAGGAGGCUGUGGGGGAGCUGGAGGCAGCCCAGGCCUUGGUGCUGAAGAGGAUCCAGAUCUGGAAGCGGCAGCAGCAGCUGUCAGGGAAUGGCGCGCCCUUUGAGGAGAGCCUGGCCCCGCUGCAGGAGAGGUGUGAGAGCCUGGUGGACAUUUAUUCCCAGCUACAGCAGGAGGUAGGGGCAGCUGGUGCGGAGCUGGAGCCCAAGACCCGGGCCCCGCUGAUCAGCCGGCUGGAUGAAGUCCUGCGCACCCUGGUUACCAGCUCCUUCCUGGUGGAGAAGCAGCCCCCCCAGGUUCUGAAGACCCAGACCAAGUUCCAGGCAGGGGUCCGAUUCCUGCUGGGCCUGCGGUUCCUGGGAGCCUCAGCCAAGCCUCCGCUGGUCAGGGCUGAGAUGGUGACCGAGAAGCAGGCGAGGGAGCUGAGUGUGCCCCAGGGAUCUGGCGCUUCUGCAGAGAGCACAGGAGAAAUCCUCAACAACACCGCAUCCCUGGAGAACAGCAUUCCUGGGAACUGCUGCUCCGCCCUCUUCAAGAACCUGCUUCUGAAGAAAAUCAAGCGGUGUGAGCGGAAGGGCACCGAGUCGGUCACCGAGGAGAAGUGUGCUGUGCUCUUCUCCACCAGCUUCACGCUGGGCCCCAGCAAAGUCCCCAUCCAGCUCCAGGCCCUGUCUCUGCCCCUGGUGGUCAUCGUUCAUGGUAACCAAGACAACAACGCCAAAGCCACCAUCCUGUGGGACAAUGCCUUCUCGGAGAUGGACCGUGUGCCUUUUGUGGUGGCCGAGCGUGUGCCCUGGGAGAAGAUGUGUGAAACUCUGAACCUCAAGUUCAUGGCCGAGGUGGGGACCAACCGGGGGCUGCUCCCAGAGCACUUCCUCUUCCUGGCCCAGAAGAUCUUCAAUGACAACAGCCUCAACGUGGAGGCUUUCCAGCACCGCUCUGUGUCCUGGUCACAGUUCAACAAGGAGAUCCUGCUGGGCCGAGGCUUCACCUUCUGGCAGUGGUUCGAUGGCGUCCUGGACCUCACCAAACGCUGCCUCAGGAGCUACUGGUCUGACCGGCUGAUCGUUGGCUUCAUCAGCAAGCAGUAUGUCACGAGCCUUCUCCUGGGUGAGCCUGAUGGAACCUUCCUCCUCCGCUUCAGCGACUCAGAGAUUGGGGGCAUCACCAUUGCCCACGUCAUCCGGGGCCAAAAUGGCUCCCCACAGAUAGAGAACAUUCAGCCAUUCUCUGCCAAAGACCUCUCCAUUCGCUCCCUGGGGGACCGGAUCCGGGACCUCGCUCAGCUCAAAAACCUCUACCCCAAGAAGCCCAAGGACGAGGCUUUCCGGAGCCACUACAAGCCUGAACAGAUGGGAAAGGAUGGCAGGGGUUACGUCCCAGCUACCAUCAAGAUGACCGUGGAAAGGGACCAGCCUCUUCCCACCCCGGAGCCCCAGAUGCCUGCCAUGAUGCCCUCUUAUGACCUUGGGAUGCCCCUGGAGUCCGCCAUGCAGCUCGGCCCAGAUGUGUCCCAAGUCUACCCACCACCUGCGCACUCUAUUCCCUACCAAGGCCUUCCCACAGAGGACUCAGUCGGGGUGUUGUCAGCCUUCCCGGAGACUCGCCUGCAGAUAUCCCCUAGCCUGAGCCAAAUGAACCUGCCCUUCGUCCAGCCUCACCCCUCCCUGCUGCAGUGCCAGCCUCAGGAGCAUGCCGUGUCCAGUCCCGAGCCUCCGCUGUGCUCAGAUGUGACUAUGGCGGAAGACAGCUGCCUGGGCCAGCAGGUGGCAGGGUUCCCUCAGAGCACCUGGCCCAGUGAAGACAUGUUCCCACCCCUGCUGCCACCCACAGAACAGGACCUCACCAAGCUUCUCCUGGAGGGGCAAGGAGAGGCAGGGGGAGGGUCCCUGGGACCCCAGCCCCUCCUGCAGCCUUCCCACUAUGGGCAGACUGGGAUCUCCAUGUCCCACCUGGACCUAAGAGCCAACCCCAGCUGGUGAGCCCAGCUGGAUGAGGAGCCCAGGGAGACAGCUUUGCCACCGCCCUGUGGACCUGCCCGGGACACGGCUCCUGCUCUGCCAAGCAGCAGACGGGGAGGCGCCCUCCCAGCCCCACCCACUCUUGGUCAGGAGGAAGACUCUGCCGGGAGAAUGCAGGGGGGGUGGAGCUGCCCCACUCCUUCCUUCCUACUGCACACCCCCAUCCAUCCCCUUCCAACAGUGGAAGGGAAGUUCUGGCUUCAAAGCAAGACACGCCCCAACAUGCCUGCACCUGCAGCACACACAUGCACACAGCUCUCUGGAAGGUGGGGCUGAGCAGGCGAGGCUGGCCUGGGGCAUGGGUUGGGGUGUGGAGGGCUCCUCUGCCCAUCCCAAGCCAGGGUCCGCGACACACUUCCAGAGAUGUGCACACGCAUUGGCACUGGAGGCUGAGAUAGUGGGUCUGGGCCUGGGUCCUUGCCCUGGGGGAAUGGGGAAGCUGUUCAGGGGGGACACUGGGUGGAAGGACAGGAGGGCUCUGGACACGUGGAUGUUGACAAGGUUUUGCCCAGAUUAAGAAACAAACCCCAGCAGCCUCUGAUGGAGGCUUUUGGUCUAACAGUAUGCAGGAGCCCAAGGCCAAGUUCCUUCGUGUGCAGCUGUCCAAGUGUGUGUACCCAAGACAUGUUAAUGCAGAUACUACACAUCAGUUAUGUGACCACAUACAAUCUGUGCCUAUCUUGCUUUUGCCCAUGUUGACGACACAAAUUUGGGAGUACGAGACACUGCACAGGACCCCAGCUGCUGUGUCGGUUAACGUGUACUAACCCAACGUGCUGUGGUUCCAGUAUGACUCUGCCCAGCUGGGUCCAUGUGGCUAUGCCACCUACAUGUGGCUGUAGCUUUAGGACCUCUGAUGCUGCCCCCAGGGGCCAGGGAGUGUGAGUCUUUGGUCCAGGCCUGGCCCUCCAUCGCUUUUUGUCUGUCCUACCCCCUACACUGCCAGCUUCUCUCCACUGUCCCAGCCUGGCCUGUCCCAUCCCUUCUCUCUUUUGGGGUGGGGGUGGGGAAGGGGAGUCAUAGAUCCUAAGCCAUAAAAUAAAUU